GGGAGGCUGGAGCAGCCCCAGUGUGGCCAGUGAGGCUGAGGAUGAGCUGGUCCUGCUGAGGAAGGGGCUUUGGCUAGAAAGGGGGUUUCCUGGGCACGCUUGCUGGGUGCCACAAGUGACAGUGGAUGGAGCAACCAACACUGGAGCUGGAGGAGCUCCUAGGGAGGAGGUUGCCUACGUGACCUGCACCUACAGGGAGACAUGCAUUGAGCAGCCUGACUUCUUGGCCACCGUUGAUCUCAACCCCAGAUCUCCAUGUUAUGGCCAGGGGAUCCACCGCCUGCCCAUGCCCAACCUCAAAGACGAGCUGCAUUCCUCGGGGUGGAGUGGUGGCUGCAGCUGCUUGGACAGUGUCCCUGUGAGAAGGAACAAGCUGAUUCUGCCUUGUUUGAUUUCCUCCCGUAUCUACGUGGUGGAUGUGGGUUCCCAGUGCCGGGCUCCCAAGCUGUGUAAGAUGAUCGAGCCCGUGGAUGUCUUCUGGAAGUGCAACAAGGGCUACCUGGCUGUAGUCCGCAGCCUGCCCAACGGGGACAUCUUGAUCGCCAACAUGGGAGAUCCAGCUGGCAAUGGGAAAGGUGGGUUUAUCGUGCUGGAUGGACAGACCCUUGAGCUGAAGGGGAACUGGGAACACGAGUGUGAGGUCCCCCCGACCGGGUGUGACUUCUGGUACCAGCCGCGCCACAACGUCCUGGUCAGCUCCGCUGGCUUUGUCCCCAAAAUUGCAGGACGUGGCUUUAAUCCUGAUGACCUGAAGAAAGGGGUCUUCGGGCGGCGCCUGAACGUCUGGAACUUGUCCUGCCGGACCCUCACCCAGUGCUUUGACCUGGGGGAGGAUUCCCUGCCCCUGAGUGUGAAAUUCCUGCACAACCCUGAUGCUGCUGAGGGCUACGUGAGCUGUGCCCUCAGUGGCAUCAUCUACCGCUUCUACAAGUGCGAGAGGGACUGCUGGGCCGUGGAGGAGGUGAUCCGGAUACCGGCCAAGGAGGUGUCGGGGUGGAUCAUGUGCAAGAUGCCAGCCUUCACAGUCGACCUCGUCAUCUCCAUGGACGACAGGUACCUGUAUGUCAGCAACUGGCUGCAUGGAGACAUCCGCCAGUAUGAGCGGGACAGGGGAAGACAACGGCCACUGCCUCGUUUCUAGGUGUUUGUGGGAGGCAGCAUCCUCAGAGGUGGACCCGUGACUGUGUGUAGAGAUGAAGAACUCAAGUGCCAGCCAGAGCCCCUGGUGGUCAAGUGCAAGAGGAUCUACGGUGGACCCUGCAAAAUGCAGCUCAGCCUGGAUGGCAAGAGGCUGUACGUCACCAACUCCUUCUACAGCACCUGGGACAAGCAGUUCUACCCCAACGUGGUCAGGGAAGGCUCUGUCAUGCUCCAGAUUGAUGUGGACACAGAGAAGGGAGGCCUGACAGUCAACAAGAACUUCCUGGUGGACUUUGGAAAGGAACCCCACGGGCCUUGCCUUGCCCAUGACAUCCACUUCCCUUCUGGAGACUCCACCUCUGAAAUCUCAGCCUAG